AAGGUCACAGCCUGGGCGAUGAGCCCGGGGCAGGGGGAGCAGUCUGGCUCCAGAGGCCCCGCGCUUCCCAACCUCAGGCACAACGCGAGUCCUCAGGGCACUGGUUCUGGAGGCGCCCGGAACGCCAACCCCCGGCCUUGCGCUGCCUGGAGACCAGCGUCGCGAGGACGACUCAUACCUCGCGGUGACGGGACCGAGCGACCGGCACCUGCCACGAGAGGAAGCGAGAGCAGCCGGUGUGGUCACCGUGGGAGGAGCCCCCGUGCAGGGGCCGCCGCCCCCUGCCGCCCGGCCCGGCGUCCCGGCGUCUCCCCGAAGACGCCCCCGCCCGGGUCCUCCCGGCCUCGAGCCGCGGGAGACCCUCGAGGCGACGCCCUCCGCCUCCCCGACGCGAUCUGCCUCUCGAAGCCGGAGGACGUGGAGGCGGCGCCGGAGGAGACCCGCGCGCUCUACCGGGAGUACCGCGCCCUGAAGGGGGCCCUGGGCGGGGCCGGCGGCGUGGGACCUCGCAGCCCCGAGCAGUCGCUUCCCGCCGCGGCGCAGCAGGCGCCGGAGCCCAGCUGCUGGGGGCCGCACUUGAAUCGCGCUGCGGCCCAGAGUCCACCCGCUCCUCUCCGCGGGGCAAGCGCUGCGGGGUCUGUGCCGGACUACGGGAAGAGGCUCAAGGCCAACCUGAAGGCCACUCUGCAGGCUGGGCCAGCUCUGGGCCGCAUACCCCGACUUCCACAAAGACCCUCGUCCAAGACGCCCUCCCCAGGGCCACCAGGCGCAGGGGCUGCCCCCGUCUCUCCAGAAGAAGUCAGUGAGGUCCCCCUCCAGCCUCGUGGGCCUUGGCUGAGGCCAGGCUGCCUCCAGCAGCUACAGGCAUCCCUGAGCCUACGACUGUGCUCUCUAGACCCUGACUGGCUACAGCGGUGUCAAAACGGGGCCCCAGAUUUCCUGGGGGCUUCCAAGGCCUGCCAGCCUAACCUGGGUGUAGAGGACUCACAACCUCUGGCUUCAGGUGUCCCGCAUGACCUUGGUCCCGGCACUGGCCCUGAGACUCAAGCCCUACAGACAGCCAGAGUCCAUGCAGAGAGCCCCCAACCUGGCAACAGUCAAGACAAGAAGUGGACAUGGAAUGGGGAACCAGAAGGGAGUCCUGCACAGGCCCAGCGGGACAGCAGUCACGCGGGACCUCUGCCUGAGGAAGCUGGGGCUCCAGAACACGCAGAAGCCUGCCCAGCAGAACCUGUGGGGGCACAGCCCCCCAGUGGCCCCACAGCCGCCAGGCCAACUGUCCGGAGUGGAGGUAAUUACGUGAGGCUCAACAUGAAGCAGAAACGCUACGUGCGGGGCCCGGCGCUCCGCGGCAGGCUGCUCCGCAAGCAGAUGUGGAAGCAGAAGUGGCAGAAGAAGGGGGAGUGUUUUGGAGGCGGUCAGCCCAGAGCCACAGUCAAGAAUUCUUGCUUCCAGUGCGGACAGCUAGGCCACUGGUCAUCCCAGUGCCCCCAGUCAAGUGAAACUUCUACUCUGGAGCCUGCUCAGGGUCCCCAGGAGAGCCGUGAGAAUGAAGACGACGUGCAGACCCGGCUCGCCGCAGACGAGGCGGUGCAGAGGACAGGCACUGCCGGCUGCCAGCAGCCCGUGAGUGAGAAAGACCCGGAGCCUGCUGGGCCUGAGCUGUUGGUGACUGUGGAGCAGCCUGUGCCCUCGGCACCCUGCCGGCCCCGCCCAGUGCCACCACUCUACCCACCGGGGCCCUCAGGACAAGUGGCAGAGACACCGGCUGAGGUGUUCCAGGCCCUAGAGCAGCUGGGGCACCAAGCCUUCCGCCCUGGGCAGGAGCGUGUGAUCAUGCAGAUCCUUUCUGGCAUGUCCACACUGCUGGUGUCGCCCACUGGCUCCGGCAAGUCCCUGUGCUAUCAGCUUCCUGCACUGCUCUACGCCCGGCGAAGCCCCUGCCUCACGCUGGUCAUCUCUCCCCUCCUGUCUCUCAUGGAUGACCAGGUGUCUGGCCUGCCCCCGUGCCUGAAGGUGGCGUGUAUCCAUUCGGGCAUGACGAGGAAGCAGCGUGAGUCUGCCCUGAAGAAGGUCCAGGCGGCCCAGGUGCACGUGCUGAUGCUGUCGCCCGAGGCGCUGGUGGGGGCUGGGCUGGGGCCCUCUGGCUGCCUCCCUCAGCUGCCUCCGGUCGCUUUUGCCUGUGUCGAUGAGGCCCACUGCCUUUCCCAGUGGUCCCACAACUUCCGGCCCUGCUACCUGCGUGUCUGCAAGGUGCUGCGGGAACACCUGGGUGUGCGCUGCUUCCUGGGUCUCACGGCCACGGCCACACGCAGCACCUCAAGAGAUGUGGCCCAGCAUCUAGGCGUGGCCGAGGAGCUUGUCCUCAGCGAGCCAGUCGCCGUCCCUGCCAACCUGUACCUCUCUGUGUCCAUGGACAGGGACCCAGAGCAGGCUUUGGUGACAUUGCUGCAGAGUGACCGCUUUCGUGCUCUGAGCUCCGUCAUCGUCUACUGCAACAGACGUGAGGACACAGAGCGUGUCGCCGCACUGCUCCGCACCUGCCUGCGUGCGUCACGGGACCCAGGGCCCAGAGGCCAGAUCCCUGAGGCCAUAGCCAAAGCCUACCACGCCGGCAUGUGUCACCGGGAGCGGCGGCAGGUGCAGCAGGCCUUCAUGGACGGCCGGCUGCGGGUGGUGGUGGCCACGGUGGCCUUCGGGAUGGGGCUGGACCGGCCCGACGUGCGAGCUGUGCUGCACCUGGGGCUGCCCGCGAGCUUGGAGACCUACGUGCAGGCUGUGGGCCGGGCUGGGCGUGACGGCCAGCCGGCGCAUUGCCAUCUCUUCCUACAACCCCAGGGCCAGGACCUGCAGGAGCUGCGGAGACACGUGUAUGCCGACGCAGCUGACUUUCUCGCCGUGAAGAAACUGGUCCAGUGCGCGUUCCCCCCCUGCACCUGUGCCCAAGCCCAACGGCCUCCAGAGAAGGACGGAGCCGGGGGCCAGAAGACACCUGUGGCCGGGUCCCUGAGGGAGGCUGAGCGGCCCAACGGCCAGCAUGCAGCCCGGUGCCCAGGCCACCAGCGGGCACUUCCGGUGCAGCCGCUGGUGCAGGCCCUGGACAUGCCCGAGGAGGCCAUUGAGACCCUGCUGUGCUAUCUGGAGCUACACCCACGACGCUGGCUGGAGCUGCUGGCACCCACCUACGCCCGGUGCCACCUGCGCUGUCCUGGGGGUGCCCCCCAGCUCCUGGCCCUGGCCCACAGGUGUCCCCUCCUGGCUGUAUGUUUGGCCCAGCAGCCGCCGGAGAGCACAGGUGGGGGAGGCUGUUCUGUAGAGUUUGACGUCGUGAAGCUGGCGGACUCGGCGGGCUGGAAGCUGGCGUCAGCACAGCGGGCUCUGCGUCAGCUGCGGUGGGAGCCCGAGCCCACGACAGGUGCACGUCGGGACACGGGAGUGCUGGUGGAGUUCCGCGAGCUCGCCUUCUGUCUGCGCAGUCCUGGAGACCUGACAGCCCCCGAGAGGGACCAGAUCUGUGACUUCCUGUACGGCCACAUACAAGCCCGAGAGCGGGAGGCCCUGGCCGGCCUGCGCCGCACCUUCCGGGCCUUUCACAGUGUGGCCUUCCCCAGCUGCGGGCCCUGCUUGGAGCAGCCCAGUGAAGAGCACAGCGCCAGGCUCAAGGCCCUGCUCAGCUGCUACUUCAAGGAAGAGAGUCCCGGGGACACGGAAGACGAUCGGGACCCGGAGCCAGGACAGGCAGGGAUCCAGGACUGGGAGGACCAGGUUCGACGGGACGUGCACCACCUUCUGUCCUUGUGGCCAGAGCAGCAGUUCUCAGGCAGGGCUGUGGCCCGCAUCUUCCAUGGCAUCGGAAGCCCCCGCUUCCCAGCGCAGGUGUAUGGGCGGGACCGGCGCUUCUGGAGGAGACACCUGUGCCUGAGCUUCCCCGCCCUGAUGCGCUUGGCCACAGAGGAGAUCCUGCGCUGGAGCCACUGACCGCUGGGCUGUGGGCCGGCCCUGCUCCCCCACCUGUGGCCUGGCCACGGUGUGGAGGGGGUCAGGUGUGGCUGUGCAUCAGGAGAAAGAGACCUUGGUGGCCAUGACAAUGACUACCCUGGGGAAAACCCACCAUCAGAAGUGCAGGGGCAAGGAGGCCUCAAAAUGCAGAAUAAAAAAUGCUCAAGUCA